AUGGCAGACAGCGUCUUGCGCUGUCGGCCCAAUCGGGCCAAUACGUCUGAUAUUGAUUCAACUAUUACACACCCCGGUGCGGUCAAAAUCAACGUGCAAGGCGCUUUCAUCAUUGAUGAGGAGCCGAGCAGUCCCAGCGAAUAUCCCGAAGAUGGAGCGCAACACGAGACCAAGAAUAUCCGUCUCCCGAAUCACACCGCCGUCGUGAGUCACAUUGCGGUAGACAUUGGCGGCUCUCUUGCAAAACUGGUCUACUUUUCCCGAGAACCCAAUUCCCCAGAUCAAGGCGGCCGUUUGAACUUUCUCAAAUUCGAGACCGAACAGAUAGACUCAUGUAUCGAAUUUAUGAGACAGUUGAAAAUGAAACAACAAAAGCUGAACGGAUCAAUCCCUGGGGCACUCUGUGUCAUGGCUACAGGAGGAGGCGCUUUCAAAUAUUACGAAAAGAUCCGUGAAGCGCUCGGUGUCGAAGUCCUCCGCGAAGAUGAAAUGGAAUGUCUAAUAAUUGGUCUCGACUUUUUCAUCACAGAAAUACCCAUGGAGGUCUUCACCUACAGCGAGAACGAACCCGAGGAACCGAUGCACUUCUUCGAAGCUCGACAUGACGUCUAUCCGUAUCUUCUGGUCAAUAUCGGUUCAGGUGUGUCCAUGAUCAAGGUCUCGGGCCCGACACAGUACGAGCGUAUCGGGGGAACCUCGCUGGGCGGAGGAACACUAUGGGGUCUAUUAUCUCUGCUCACGGGAGCCAAGACUUUUGAUGAGAUGCUGGGCAUGGCCGAGCGAGGAGAUAACGCCGCUGUUGACAUGCUUGUCGGCGACAUUUACGGCACAGACUACGGAAAGAUUGGCUUGAAGAGCACAACCAUUGCCAGCAGUUUCGGUAAGGUCUUCAAGCAGAAAAAGGGAAUGGAGCAGGAGUCCUCGGACUCGGAACAAUUGGUCAACGGAGAUGGAGGAGACUCGGCGCAGGAAAAUGGAAUCAAUGGCAAUCAGCCGCGCGGUUCAGGUGGUUUCAAGGCCGAAGAUAUAAGCCGAAGCUUGCUUUAUGCAAUCAGCAAUAACAUCGGCCAAAUCGCCUAUCUCCAGUCCGAAAAGCAUAAUCUGGAAAACAUUUAUUUCGGCGGCUCUUUUAUCCGCGGCCACCGACAAACCAUGGCGACUCUUUCGUACGCCAUCAAGUUCUGGUCCAAGGGCCAAAAGAAGCCAUACUUCCUCCGCCACGAGGGCUAUCUCGGUGCCGUGGGCGCCUUUUUGAAGCGGCAGCCCAGAAACUGGGGACGGCGAAAUAGUUUCGAAGAGGGCAUCUUGUCUCGUCAUUGA